GAGUGGCGCCCGCGCCGCCGAGGCUGGCUCCGGCGGUCACGUUCGUCCCCUGCAGCUUUUGCAGUCCCCUCCUCCCUCCUCCCCGGCCCGGGUCUGGAGGCGAUUCCCCUCUAGCGACUGAGCCGAGCGUUUCUGGGCGAGCGGCGCUUCGCCCCCUCCCGGCUUUGUCUCCUCCUCCGGCGAGGCUCCGGGCCCGGAGCAGGGUCUGCAGCGGCCGCCGCAGCGGCGAGAGCCCAGCGGUGCCUCCCGGCGCGGCCGCCCGGGGCCGCACCCUCUCUCGGCGGAGGCGCCGGAGGACAGCGGCCCAGCCACGCACCGCCCGCGUCCCGCGCACCAACGCCGCAGCCGCCGCGGGAGAACCAGCCCACCCGGCCGGCCGGGUCCGAGGCCGGCAGCCCCGCUGGCAGUCGGGUGGGGACGGCGGCUGCUACGGGUCUGGCAGUGCUCCCCGCGCUGCGAGGAUGGAGCAGCCACCCCGGCCGCGGACCGGCGCAAGCAGGAGUUUCAAAUGAAACUCGGAGGAAUUUGAAGCAAGAGGAAAAAUCCUUCGGCUUGGAAAUUGGUCAUCAGCAAACCGUUCCCAGGUGCAGCUUCGGUGCCGGAGAGCACGCAGAGCCUGCAGCAUUGCAGUGAUGCCCAGCAUUCAAACUCCACACAGCUGCCCUGUGCCAAGUUUGGCUUCAAGAUCACGGCAUCCUGUGCCUGGUUUGGGGAGGAGGAGACAAAUGCACAGAGUUCAGCUCAGAGGUACCCAAGCAUGGACCGGAAUAAUGAAGGGAUACGUGUAUUAGCUGCAGCCCUUUGAACCACGCAAGAAGGAAAUCAACAGUGGGGACAGGGCUGGAAGCGUUACCACACCUGCUUGUUGGAAUAAAUGAAGAAUGGGCUUGUGAUUAUGCUGACAUCCCAGCAUGAAUCUGGUGGACCUGUGGUUAACUCGUUCCCUCUCCAUGUGUCUCCUCCUACAAAGUUUUGUUCUUAUGAUACUGUGUUUUCAUUCCGCCAGUAUGUGUCCCAAGGGCUGUCUUUGUUCUUCCUCUGGGGGUUUAAAUGUCACCUGCAGCAAUGCAAAUCUCAAGGAAAUACCUAGAGAUCUUCCUCCUGAAACAGUCUUACUGUAUCUGGACUCCAAUCAGAUCACAUCCAUCCCCAAUGAGAUUUUUAAGGACCUCCAUCAACUAAGAGUUCUCAACCUGUCCAAAAAUGGCAUUGAGUUUAUCGAUGAGCAUGCCUUCAAAGGAGUCGCCGAAACUCUGCAGACCCUGGACUUGUCUGACAACCGGAUUCAGAGCGUGCACAAAAACGCUUUCAAUAACCUGAAGGCCAGGGCCAGGAUUGCCAACAACCCCUGGCACUGCGACUGUACGCUCCAGCAAGUUCUGAGGGGCAUGGUGUCCAAUCACGAGACAGCCCACAAUGUGAUCUGCAAGACCUCCGUGCUGGAUGAACACGCCGGGAGACCGUUCCUCAACGCUGCCAAUGAUGCUGACCUUUGUAACCUCCCUAAAAAAACGACUGAUUAUGCCAUGCUGGUCACCAUGUUUGGCUGGUUCACCAUGGUGAUCUCGUAUGUGGUGUAUUACGUGAGGCAAAAUCAGGAAGAUGCGCGAAGACACCUUGAAUACUUGAAAUCCCUGCCGAGCAGGCAAAAGAAAGCCGACGAACCCGACGAUAUUAGUACAGUGGUGUAGUGUCCGCACUGACUGGCAUGGAAAAAGAGAUCCGUUUGGGAUUGCAGUAGAAUAAGUGGUUUACUUCUCUCAUCCAUUGUAAACAUUUGAAACUUUGUAUCUCAGUUUCUUUUGAAUCCUGCCACUGUUGAACUUUUAACAAACAUGACAGCAUAAAUCAUUUUCGUUUCGGUAAUCCACCCCUCCGUUGUACUCCUGGUGGUAUAUUCCUGAGUCAGCUACUUCCCUGAACCUUAGUUCUAUCCAUCUCAGUAUUUAAUAAUGAAAUUUAUUUUUUUAAUUUGAAACCAAAUAAAAGCCUAACUUUGAACCAUGAAAAACAGAGUGACUUAUUGGUCC